CUGCGGCACCACGCUACAUACCCUUGCUAUCGCCAGGCUCGUUAGCUUGAAAAGUAGUUUCCAUAAUAGCAUGAGCUAUCUUCCGCAAUUUCGAAACGCCAUCUCUGGUUUCAGCAAGUUAUCAGACCUUGACCUCAGCUAUGGUUAUCUGGAAGAUGACCUGCUACUCAGCCUGGCUAAUACAUCAACCAGCCUCAAGGUGAUCACAGUUCGAGCUGACAAAAUCCCAGAGUUAGAAAGUCAAAUUACCGCUCUAGCAUGGGAGAAGCUUACAGCGGCCUGUCCUGAGCUAAAAGCGAUUUUUCACAUCAAGCACAAAUUUGAGUCGUACUCCCAAGACCCAACAUUGAUACUCACACCAUCCAUGCCACUCUAUCAAGUCAAGUGGAAAGCUGGUGCCGCCAUCGCUAAAGAGAACUUAGAGAAGUUCUUUCAACAUGUGGCACAGAACUUUCAGAAUACCAUACACCACCUUCAUCUACAGACGGGUGUCCGCCCUGACACGGAACGCUUUGAGCUUGUGUUCAAAAGUUUGCAGGCGUGCAAAAAUCUGGACACCCUGUCCCUGUGUUUGAAAAGCUACAAGAGUGGUGACGUAGAGAUGUACAUGCUGGCAAUAAAAGAUGUCAUGACGCGAUGUCCAGUGUCAUGUGACGUCACACUGAACGGUCAAGUUGUGAAGGUGGGGUCAGGAGAGUUCACCGGGUUGACCAGUUGACGAAUGUUUUUUUUUAGAUCGGUGGUAAAACAAGGUAGUACACAUUAGCAUCUGUGUUUUUCAUUUAUCCUUUUAAAAAAUGGGUCCAUUUAACUAUUUGUUUUAAGUUUUGACUUGCAAUCAAUUUAUCAAUGUCAAGAUGAGCUAGAUGAAGAGACAACUAUUGAAAGCUGAUUAGGGAUGGUUUGGUGAGAUCUUAAACAGAGGGUUAGCGCAGGAGCCAUAGUAUGGAGGUAAACAGAUCUAGAACAAUAACAUGGAGGCCAGCAGUUCUAGAACAAUAACAAUGAUGAAAACAAUACUAAAAAGCUGAUAAUUGCACCCCUUCUACUCGGUGAUUUUAAGUUACCAACCGGAGAAAAAUGUCAGAAAAACUCUUGAUUUGUAUAAUAAUAUUUACUAAUAAUAACAAUAAGUAGUUUCAAAUGCAUUUAGAGUGAAUUAUUUCCCAUAUUUGAUUGUAUACUUGGUCAAGGGAAUCAAUUGCAAUGAAAUCUCUGUAUUAAAACAAUUUAGAAAUCAUUGUAGAAAGGGAAAAAAAACCCAGUAAUGAUAUUUUAUUUAAACGUCAAUUAGACCACUGCAUAACAAUUUAUAGUUAAAGAUUUCACACAUUAAAAACUUGUAUACUUUUUUCAGCUACUUAGGUUAACAACGUUUAUCGUUUUGCGUCUGUAAUUUUUUUUAAACUGUAAACACUUUAUUUAAUACAGGCUGUACUAUUUAAGUUUCUUUCUUUACCUUUAGAUCCCAUUUCAAAGAAGGGUCUAUAUUAAAAUAAAUUCACUGUGCAGGUUACAUUUUAAUAUGAUCAACACAAAAAUGAUCAACUAGCUGUCCUUCACAGAAAAUCAAUAUUUUAUCAUAGGUUCGUGUGUUGCAUGGUACCCAGAAUUUAACCAUUCGAUUAACCGCAUUCAAUGAUGAUAUUGAUCUAACGUAUCAUGCAGUAGACAGAAGUUAAGCAUGUAAAGAAAAUACUAUGCAAUUGAUUAGAGCAUAUUAGCUUCAUGCAUCGAAUAGGUGCUAAAACAUAUUUAGCAGAAGACGAAUUAUGUAGCUAUUGCUAGUUUAUCUACAGA